AUGACCAGUCUGUCAACCAAAUACUAUCAACCAAUCUUGAGUCAGUCUGUGUGUUCUGGGAUUGGAAUGUUGUUGAUCAUCACUCCAGCCAUGAAUGCCCCGAUGACCCACUCCCAAAAUUGCCGAGCGCUGGCUGGUGGAUUUGCCUUCCCCGGUUCCUCUUUGGGUGGUGUUGUUUCCCUAUUCAUGAUGAACCACCUGCUAUCCGCAAUUGGAUUUGCCUGGACCAUGCGUGCUUGCACAUUUCUAAUCCUCGGUCUGCUGCUCAUCACCUGCACGUUAAUGUCGUCACAUGUCACCCACACCCACAAGGAGUUCAAGCUUAGUAGCUAUCUGAACCGUUGCGGGGAUGUAACUUUCUACUCAUGUGCAUCGCCAGCUUCUUCAUGGGGCAUGUUUGUGCCGUACGUUUACAUGAUGAUAUCCUCAAUCCACUAUGGCAUGUCGGUCCAGAUAGGAUAUAAUCUCAUUCCCAUUCUAAAUGGCGUUAGGUAA